AUGGAGAUAAAAGAUAUAGAAAAAACUGAAAAUCAAAAAGAAGAUUUACCAAUGAUAGAACAAGAACAACCAUUAAAUAAUAAUCAAUCAACUGUUGUUUUCAUUGAUAAAAGAAAUCUUAACUUGAAAACACUUGUAAAAAAAUAUAAUAAUGAUAAUAACAAUAUAAAUUCAAGUAAUAAUAAUGCUCAACUCAAUCAAAACAUAUUAAAUAAUAAUCAAAAUGAAAUAUUAAAUGAUAAUAAUACCACCAAUGAAAUGAUUGUUCAGCUAAACGAAAAGGAUCCUAAUAAUCCUAAUAAUCCUAAUAAUCUUAAUCCUAAUCCUAAUCCUAAUAAUAAUAAUAAUAAUAAUAAUAAUAAUAAUAAUAAUAAUAAUAAUAAUAAUAAUAAUAAUAAUAAUAAUAAUGAAAAUAUGUUAAUUGACCAAAAUAAUCAACUUAAUUCAAAUGAUAAUAAUAAUGAAAAUAUAUUAAAUAAUCAAAUUAAUUCAAAUGAUAAUGAUAAUGAUAAUAAUAAUAAUAAUAAUAAUAAUAAUAAUAAUAAUAAUAAUAAUAAUAAUAAUAAUAAUAAUACUUCUAAUCCUAUAGUAAGAAAAAGAGGUAGACCACUAAAGAUUCAAACAGAUCAACCAAUAAUACCAAAAGAAAAGAAAGAAAAGAAAGAAAAGAAAGAAAAAAAAGAAAAAAUUGAAAAAGAAAAGAAAAAAGAAAAAGAACAAUAUCCAAUUAAACAACAAAGAAUAUUUAAAAAUGAAUUUGAUCAUAUUGAAGAAGAAGGUGGUCAUUUUCAAUGUCCAUUAUGUAGAAAUAAAUUUCCAAAGGAACAAAUUGAACAACAUUAUCAACAAGAAUUUAAAAAGUUUGAAUUAUCAAAUAAUUCUAGUGAAUCAAGUUCAUUAUCAUCAUCGACUUCAACAACACCAAUAUUAUCACAAAUUAGUUUAGCUUUAUCAUCAUUUAGAACUCCAAGAAAAGCAUCAAUUGAUGCAAUCACUAGAUCACGUUUCAAUGAAUCUGGUAGACAAUUUGAUAAAAUUGAAUCAACAAUUUCAUUAAUUAAACAAAAUAGAGAUAAAAGAUGUAAUCAAAAUGGUAUUGCUUCUGAUAGUUUUUCAAUUCAAAAAUCAAUUGAAAAUAGUAAUAAUAAUAAUUCAACAGGUGGAAAUUUAAUUUCAACAACAUGUUUUUUAUGUAAUAUAGAAGUUUCAGGUUCUGAAUAUGAAAUUAAUUGUCAUAUUGAUUCUUGUUUAGAAAAUCAAAAACAACAACAAGAGAAUAUUCAAUCAUUUCCAACUUUAAAAUCAAAUUUACCUCAAGAGUAUUUAAAUAAUAAUAAUAAUAAUAAUAAUAAUAAUAAUAAUAAUAAUAAUAAUAAUAAUAAUAAUAAUAAUAAUAAUAAUAAUAAUAAUAAUAAUAAUAAUAAUAAUAAUAAUAAUAAUAAUAAUAAUAAUAAUAAUAAUUCAACUACUACUACAACUACUACAACAUCCACCACCACUGCUACUACAUCUUCUUCAACAAUAAUACAACCUAAUCAACAAAGAAAAAGAGGUAGACCAUCAAAUAAACAAAAUAAAAAAGUAGAUUCAUCAGAUUCAGAUGAAGAUUUUAGUGAAAGUGAUUUUCAUGAUUUACCACCAGGUACAGAAAUUUAUAAAUAUGGUGGUAAAACUAGAAUUAGAAAAUGUACUUUGGUACCAGAUGGAGUAUUAUAUGAUAAACCAAAAAUGGAAAAAGGUGAAGGUGAUAUUGAUGAUGAUUUGGAUAUUGAAGAUGAUGGUUUCUCAAAAUUUGGUAAUGUUCAAUACUCUGAAGAAGAUGUUUUAAAAAAAGAUAAAGAAAGAAAAGAAAAAAGUGAAAUUGAAGAAAAAAAAAAUAAUAAAAAUAAUAAUAACACUAAUAAUAAUGAUAAUAAUUAUAAUAAUAAUAAUAAUAAUAAUAAUAAUAAUGUUGAAAAAUUAGAAAAUAAUAAUAAUAAUAUUAAUAAUGUAAAUAGUUUAAAUAAUAAUAUUGAUAUUAAUGGUAAUAAUAAUUUUUUAAUUCAAUCAUUAAAACAAAAGAUAAAAGAUCAAGAGAAAUUAAUUAAAGAUAUACCAAGUUGUUUAAUAUGUAUGGAAUCUUAUAAAACACCAUUGGUUAGUAUAAAUUGUUGGCAUGUUAAUUGUGAAGAUUGUUGGUUAGCUUCAUUAAAAGAAAAGAAAUUAUGUCCACAAUGUAAUAUCAUAACUUGUCCACAAGAUUUAAGAAGGAUUUAUUUAUAA